AUGCACUUAAAGGCUCAGUUAUUGUCGCCAAGGAUCGCACCAGUCAUCCUCUAUAAUGAACUUCUUGAAAUAGCCGGUCUUUCUUCAGAUGGACAUGCGGACAUUCUCACCAAUCUACAAGCUUCUCAAUCAAACCAUGAUUUCAUCACAACCACGCUUAGGCAGGCUGUGUCUCAACUCCCCAGCACUAUCGCCUCAAGGUUAGAAUGUGCGCCAUUAACCAUUCUCUCCCAACCAACUUUGAUUCUCGUUUCUGUGGAAGAACCCACAAAAAAGCCGGAGGCUGUGGAAACCAAAGAGAAAUUGCGGGCAAAACGGAAAAAGCGGAGGGGUGCAGGAGGUGGUGCAACACAGGGUGCAACUAUUGGCGCAGACAGUGGGCCUGUUUCUGCCGGCGCCUCACAUGGAGGGAAAACUGGUGGGAAAGGCAAGGGAGGGAAGAAAAAGUAG